AUGCUAUGGUUUAAAACCUAUUCUUACAAUGAUGACAUAGGACACCGUGAGAACCUUCACAAAAAUGUAUCCGCUUUUGUUUUCUCGGAAAAUCGAUGGGAAGUCGUCGCUUUCUAUCUGGGAGUUCGACUCUUCGGAGGAUCUGUGAAGUUCCUAGACUACACUGCACCAGAAGAACAACUCUACGAUGAUUUUCGCGGCUGUGAAAUCGUGCUAUGUGCUGGAAAAGAUCUGCAAAAAGUACACCGAUACACAGUGGAAAAGAAUGUGAAGUUGAUCGUCAUGUCUCCGGCUCGAAUACCGUACAAAGCGAUUUCUAUGGAAGAAGUCCUUCAAAUUCGCAUCAACCGCGGGCUCUCUCUGCAUAAU